AUGGAUUCAACUUUUACAACAACCUCCGCUGUUGCACCCAGCCCCUAUUUUGAUUCCCUCGUCCGUCGUCGUCAACAAAAGAAAAUGAGCAUUACACAAACAUACUACCUGGCUCAUACCGCCCGGAAGAAGCUCACCCGUGAAGCUUCCCGCGCAGACCACGAUCUCCGCCUCCUCGUCGGUCACGCCAACCUCCUGGACUCUCUCAUGUUUGAUCUCGCCGACGCAGAACGUGAACAGGAACGCUGGUUCAACCAAACCGUCAAUGGUGCAACAAAGUCCUCCCCUCCUUCAUCCCGCCAACACAUCCAAUGGGCCUCUACGGUAGUCGAAGAGCCCGAAGAAUGGGAACAGGAGGAAGAAGAAGCAGCCUCAGACUCCGACUCAGAUGCAAGCGACAGCGACUCUGAAUACGACGAGUCAGACUUCAUAAUCAACCCACCGCGGCGCCGGGCCCCGUCGCCCGUCGCUUUCUUCCACGAGGACCUACUUGAAGAAGACGAGGGCGAGGACACAGAUUCAGACUUUGAAUACGACGAUGCAGAGGAUCUGGACGAGCUGAGCCUGACUCGCUCGCCAUCGCGCCAAUCACCGCCCGAGCUCCUAGCCGAUUCGGACAACGAUUCGGACGAUGACGCGGCGAUGCCACCGUCCCCGCCUCAACCUCAACUUGAGGCAUUCAAUGAGAAGGCUUCUGCGGAUAUUACCCUCGCCGUGGACGACCAGCCUCAUCUUUUUGAGCAGGGGUAUUUUGGUGUGCGGGAGCAGAUCAUCGAGGCUUAUUGA